GAAGCAGAGCUGCAAAGAGCGAAAAGUUUUUGUAAUUGGAAUUAAACCCAUUUAACGCCCGGAUGCGAUGAAUUUAGCCUGCAAACGGAGCACAGGGAUGUGGAAUCUCGCGACUGAAGCCACCGGAGCAGCCUCUCGCCAGCCAGCCGUCGUCCAGUGCUGAUUUGGGCGAAUGUUUCAGUGCUCUUAUUGAUUUUUACGGUUUCGUUUCGGAAGUGAUACGCAUUUGGCUCUGGCCCGAUCUUCCCCGGAAACUGCGCCGCAGGAGGAUAGAGGAUGCCAGUGAGGUGCUAGACGGAGGGGAUAGAAGCCAUUGCGAGCCAUGGGCGGCUCCGUAAGCCAGGUGUUCCGCUCCGGAUCGGCGCUACUCUCGCAUCGCGACGGCAAGCUGUCCAAGGCCACCGAGGAGACGAUCCAGACGCUCUUCGACAUCCUGCGCGCCAACCCAAAGGUCUCGCUGCAGACGCUCGAGAGCCUGCUCAUCCAGAUCCCGAAGAAUGAGAACAUCCUGGCCAUGCACGACGACCACGGCUACAAUAUCCUGCAGCGCAGCGUUGGCCUCAAUCACAUCGAUCUCACCAAGUGGCUGCUGCACCGCCACCGUCCGGAUGUCAACCGCUCGCCCUGCUCCCUGCCCCUGCACAUCGCCACGCUGCGUGGCUACGAGGAGUGCGUGGAGCUGCUCCUGCGCCACGGCGCCCGCAUCGACGUGGACACCAGGAUGUGCUUUCCCGGCGCCCAUACGCGCAACUGCGAGGAGAGCGGCAAGUGGCAUAAUAAUGUGGACGACGUUAGCGAGCGACUGAACACCAAGCUGCAGAACGCCCUCUACUACGCCAUCGACGGGGAUCAGUAUAAUGUGUUGAGCCUGCUCACCCAGAAGAUGGAGGAGCCGUGGAUUCCGUUCAGGGUCAAGAAGCCGCUGCUGCACUUGGCCUGCGAACGCGGCGCCUGGAAUUGCGUUCAGCAGUUGGUGGUCACGCGUUCGGAGGAGAUCAAUCUCAUCAUGGACGAGUAUUACCCGAUUCAUCAUGCUGUGCUCCAUGAUGGACGCUUCCUGGAGCUACUCAUUCAUCAGGGAGCCAUUACCACAGUAAGGACGUGCACCCAGCAGAUGACCCUGCUGCAUGUUGUUAUCUUUGCCGCUCGCAAAUCCGCUGACGACACGCUGGCCACGCUGCGCAUCCUGCUGGAACGUGGCUGCAAGGAGCUAAUCAAUGCGCCGGAUUCACUGGGCAACACUCCUCUGCACGCCUUGAUUGUUCGCUAUGCCCUGGAGGAAGCUCGCUACGGCUACGAUAAGUGGAGCAAGUGGGAUGUCCUGCACCUGGUUAGAUUCCUUUUGCAAAACGGUGCAAAGCAGUCGAUCAAUCAGGCGGGAAACAGUGCCAUGGCCUGUGUGUUUCGACAUUUAAGAGACUGGGAGGUCUGCUACGAGCUGCUCAACAUGCUGAUCAAGGAGAAUGGCGAUCCCAACAUCGUGGGAAGAGAUGGAUCUGUGCCCAUUAUGGUUCUGCUAGUGCCGCUAAUUAAUAAGGAUCACCUGCAUCAUUUCACGCACUCCAUGAAGGUCUGCUAUCUAAACUGCAUCCGCAUGCUGCUGCAGCACGGGGCCAAUCCCAAUUGCUCCUACCGCGCCAACCUAAAGCCGCUGCACGUGCUCGUGUUCACGGUGAGCGAGAACUUUACGCUCAACUGCGACACCCAGAAGCGCACCAACUUCGACUUCAUCAAGAACAUCCUGCUGAUGCUACUGCAGCAUGGCCUGGACUGCAAUAAAACAUAUCAGCACAUUCUACAGGCGGUUAUGGACAUGGUCCAUAAUGUGCGAACCUGCCACGACAUGGAGUGUGUCUACGAACUGACCCUGACGCUCAUCCAGUACGGGGCCGAUCCCAAUAUAGUGCUCAGUGGAAAGACGACGCCUGGGACUGCGAUCUUCUCCAACGAGCUGGCCACCUUCCGCAGCUCUUUCCGCACCAACUCGUGCUACUUGCUCUUCUACUACAUCAUCCUGAUCACCAAGAAGGAGUUUAUCCUGAACGAUCCCCAGGCGACCUACACGAGGGUGAUACACCUUUUCUACCUGACCAUGAAUCACGAGCCGCUUUUCAAUUGCCUGAAGGCGCUGCACAACUUCUAUGUGGCCCAGGUGCCCAGCAAGAAGACGGAGCAGCUGAUAGCCCUGAUCUCGUCGCUCUAUCGUCGGCCGCGCAGUCUGAAGCAGCUUUCCCGCUGGGCGAUUUACGAAGCAAUGAACCGAAAGCUGGCCCAGAACAUCAACCGUCUGAAUCUGCCUGGCCAGCUCAAGGACUAUGUGCUGCAGUUCGAGGAGAGGUAGCGAGUGGAGCGGCCCCAGGACCAAUGAAUCCCAACCGCAGCGAACUAGAGUCAAUCACUAGUAAUGUUUAAUAUGCAUAUUCGUAUGUAGUUACGCAAUAAUUACGAACUAUCAG